GCGACGAGGUCGACGGGAGUGUUGCGGUAGACUUCGGAUGAGGCAAGAGCACAUUGAAUGCCUACUCGCCGCACGCUUCCUCGUCAUGCCUUGUCAAGACGCAUCGUUCUAAUUUUCUCCUUCGCCUCACCACACUCUAACACUCGUUAUCAUGCUACUUCCCCUGCCUGCCUGGUGCACGCUGAUACCUGCUCGGAGACAUCGACCUAGCGGCCAUGUCGACACACCGCUGCGCCUAAUGCUCGUCGCCGUCAUCUUCAUCCUCGCUCUCUUGUACAGCUCAUCACUGGCUGCAGUCAUACCGUCUCGUACGCAGUGCUUGACCAACGGCACCGGUGGUUGUCUCAUCCAAGACAUAUCGGAGAAACAAGCUUUCAAGCACUCUGCAAGCGCAGUCAUCAAGGUGCGUUACUACGGCAUCUACGUAUCUCCGGCGCCUGACAUCUUGCCGCGAUUGUUACCUGUGCUGCCGUAGUCUCCUAGCAUGGAUAGCGAGGCACUUGGUCA